CACAAAAUGAGCGCAUUUGAAUGUCGAAAAUGCGAUGAUUUUCCGAUUGAGGAGAACACGGAGGACGAGGAUGAUGACGAGUGUCCGACGGUUAUUCGGAGGUCCUACUCAGCCGACUGGCUGCACAACGACAAUUCCUCUGGAGGUGAUGACGAUUCAGAAGAGGAUUCUGACGCCGAAUUUCUGGUUCAUCCGUGUCUUCGGAGUAUUAUUAAAUCGAAAUCCGCUUACGCAGUUCCCCGUAACUCUGAUGACGUUGCAGCGGCGGCAGCGAUGAAAAAUAACAGAAUUAAGCCGAGCAAAACAAGCUUUGAGAUUUCCUUAUCAAAAAUGAUGGAAUCAACGAGUAAAAGCAUAGCGGAAGAAGCAGAAUACUCAGUAGCCGACCUACUUCCGACACUUGAUGAAAAAUGGCCGGACCCUGAGGAAGAAAAUGAAAAUUUGAAGUCAAAGCGGCGGAAAUCCAAUAUUAUGAGGUACUCCCCGAGCCUAUGUGACUCUGAUCUAUCACUGAACCUCCAUGAUAAGGAUUCUGAAGAUGAUGAGGAUCGUAUUCUAAACCGCCCGUCCGGAUGUUGGUCCUCGCCGCCCAACUUCUUCGAUGAAACAUUUCGCGGUGUUUCUCCAAUGAAUCAAAAGUGUUGGUCAGCACCGGAUCUCGAGGAUAUUGUGUUCAAGACAUGCAAUGUGUUGUAUAAUUAUGACGUCAUCGGCGGCGGGAAAAUUCCAAUUUUGAGGGAGCUAAUCGACGAGGACUCCAUUGCAAUUGGGUAUCCAGUUAUAGAAACACCUGAUAAUGACCCUUCAGUUUGCUCGUACCGUCUACCAUCAUCGCUCGGCUCCGCCCCCUCACCCAGUCCGCCCCGCCCACUUUCACCAGUAUUCGGACAACCUGCACCCCCACAGUACAGAAUGCACGUGUCCCAGUCAAUGCACCUACCACGUCGUCCAGAUAUUGAAGCAUUCUUGGCAGAUUGCCAGAAUGAUUACACUCAGGCUCCGCCUACUUUUAAUAUUGGCUCAGAUUUGGAGGAUAAUAUUACUGAGGAGGAGGAGGAAGACGAUGAGGAAGAUGAGGAGGAUGUCAGAAAGACGGAAGAGGUUUGGCCUGAAAACGCCACAGCCAACUUUUGCUGGUCAGACGGUGUGCGCCGUGUCCAUCGCAGUGCCACAUUUCAAAUCAAUCGAUAUUUGGAUGAUGACGUCACGGAUGGAGGUACAGUAUCCCCACCACUUCCUCGGAUUACUGUAUCUCGCUCCGCCCACUCACAGCUCUACAAUUUGGGCGCCGAGGAGACGGAAGACGAUGCGGAUGGGGAUGGGGAUGAUGAUGAUGACGUGGCAGAAAAUUUGAAUGAAAAUUGCAGUUCCGGAGUGUCACAGUUGGAUGAAACUGAAAAUCAAGCCUACUCGACUCGUCAAGCGUGGAUGGAACGUGGCAGUCUUGUGUGCUUAGGCUCCGCCCACAACUGCCGUAACGUCAUCGGUGGCGGAGGCGGUCAUGUGGAGGAGCUACAAUUGCCGAAGAAUCAUCAUCGGUUACAUCCUGAGAUUUUGGAUAAUGGAGUACAUGCUAAUGGGAUACAAAGUCAAUAUGGCUCCUUCUCCUCUCUAGCCCAAAAUGAGCCCACAUCAUCACUAAUGCGUCGUUCAUGUACCACUGACGAGUUCCAUCGAGUACGGCGGCGGCUUCCCCGGCGGCCCGACGAGCUCGGCGAGCCAAUUGACCUACUUCCGCAGUCUAAAUCAAUGUAUGAGAGAGCUCUGCAGUUUGGGUAUGCCACGUCAUCCACGUCACCGCCGGAAGAUUACACGUCGAAGGAGAUGAAGAAGCGGCCGCCGAAUUUAGCACUACAAACUACAAUCGACACGAUUCGGCAAUCAUCUGGAAUGGAGACACGUACCAUCAAUUCCACCACUGGUACCAAUGGAAUUGGCUCAGCCGGAGCAGCAGGGAAAAUCGAUCCCUGUGCUCAUUUGGAGACACCUAUAUCACCUCAUAUAUUCCAAUCGGUACUCCCAUCCCCUACACCAUCAUCAUCCGGCCGUCGUCUUCCAGCCCUUCCAAUCAACUCAGCCGCCCUGCUCCGCCGUAUUCCGAUGGCUUCAAUACCUCCAAACCCCCCGCAAAAACAUCAGGACCAUCAAUUAUGUUUUAUGGAUGGAAUGGCUGAUUCAAUGAUGGAAAGAAGUAGUUUAGGAAUGGAAGAUUCAUAUUAUGAAGAGGACGGAAUUAAUGGGAAUCGGAGGAGACGGCAGCAGAGAAAAUCCUUCUUCUCUCCAGAUGACUCAUCUGGAGUCUCAUCGUGCACAACUUCGGACAGUCAAAAUCCUACGCACCGGGUCCAGUCGGCUUUUCAUCCGAGACACCCCGACGAGCUUUUACUGGAAAUCGGAGACGCUGUACACGUUGACCGGACUGCUGACGAUCAUUGGUCUUAUGGUACAAACUUGCGAACUGGUCAAUCAGGGAUCUUCCCAGCUUCUAUAGUGUGUGAAAUUGACUUGGUGGAGGAAAUUUGUUUGGGAGCUCUGCCGACUAAUGCAACCAAAAUUCUAUCAGGCGACCGUGAUACCUUCUACCUGACAAUGCUCGCCUCCAUCGAGGUGGCUCACCAUAAGGGAAACGACGUUCUGACGCAGGCAAUGAACAAAGUUUUGUCAAUGUACAAAAAUUCGGAAGAGAUUAUCGUACCGCAGACUGUACUAAUGGAGAUUUCAUUUCGAGGAAUUCAUGUCAUUGAUAAAAGGCGGAAAAAUUUCUUCCAAUGUCCAAUGUUCGACUUCUUCUACAGUCUUCAAAAUAUCUCAUUCUGCGGCGCCCAUCCAAAACAGCUAAAAUAUUUCGGAUUUAUCACGAAACACCCGUUGCUGCCACGUUUCGCUUGCCACGUGUUCAUGUCCAAAAAUACGACACAGCCGAUUGUAGAGGCUAUUGGACGUGCUUUCAAACGAUCUUAUGAUGAAUAUAUGGCUUUUGCUCACCCCACGGAAGAUAUUUAUUUGGAAUAAUUUUUUUUUAAUUUUAAAAUCAAUUUGUCAUCCACCUGAUCUUGCUAUUUUUGUAAUACGGUUUUUUCCAUUCAUAAUGAAUUUUUUUUUA